UGAUGGAUCCAAAGAGGACAGAGGGUUUGCGGUAGGGUACAGCUGAAGCGCGGCGCGGGGAAGCAUGGAGGUGGCGGAGACCAAGGCGGAGGCUGCAGCCUUAGAGGCCCUGGCAGAGGUGGCAGACAUCCUGGAGCCAAGAGGCCUGCAGGAGGAGGCGGAACUGCCUGCCCAGAUCCUGGCUGAGUUUGUGACGGACUCCCGGAAGAAAGACAAGCUGCUCUGCAGCCAGCUUCAGGUGGUAGACUUCCUGCAGAACUUCUUGGCUCAGGAGGACAUUGCCCAGGGCCUGGACCCCUUGGUUUCUGAAGACACGAGCCGGCAGAAGGCAAUUGCAGCCAAAGAGCAAUGGAAAGAGCUGAAGGCCACCUACCAAGAGCACGUGGAGGCCAUCACAAGUGCCCUGACUCAGGCCCUGCCCAAGGUGGAGGAGGCCCAGAGGAAGCGGGCACAGCUCCAGGAGGCCCUUGAACAACUCCAGGCCAAGAAGCAAGUGGCCAUGGAGAAACUCAGAAUAGCCCAGAAGCAGUGGCAGCUGCAACAGGAGAAGCAUCUGCAGCAUCUAGCGGAGGUUUCUGCAGAGGUGAGGGAGCGUCAGACAGGAAUGCAACAGGAGCUUGAGCGGCUGUAUCAGGAACUGGGAACCCUGAAGCAGGAGGCAGGGCAGGAGCGAGACAAGCUGCAGAGGCACCAGACCUUCCUCCAGCUUCUAAACACCCUGAAGGGUAAGCUGCUCUUCCCUGAGGCAGAGGCAGAGCUGCCACAAGAGCUGGAUCUUCCUGAGCAUAAGCCCCAGCAGCUGACUCAGCCCCACGAGCAUAACACUGGGGACACCAUGGGGAGAGAUGAGGAUGUGUCCUCCAAGGCCAGCAGCCCACAACCUGCUAGGGAUGCAAGCGUGCCGCAGCUUCCUAUGAGACAGCAACAUGAGGAAGGAUCCUAGAGCAGGUCAGACUCCAGCUCAGGCCCUGGCGUCCCUGGAUACAGGAUGAACUGUGAGUUCCUGAAUACAGCCUGAUUUUGACUACAACCCAGGUUGGGGCAGGCUCUAGAUUCUGUUGAUUAAAAGCUCUGGAGCUCUCUCAGUUGCUUGUUUGUCUGUUCAUCUUCAUGUAUUGGUGGGAAGAGCCAUAUUCAAAGGCUAAGAACAUGACGGGUGCUGGGACUGUUGUGAAUAGAGAGGGUGCAGAUGGGGAGGGGGCCCUGGCCAACCUCAGGGGUUGCUUGCCCAAAUUGUUAUGAUGCAAACAUGCUGAGCUUAAUUCAGGGAGGAGGAGAAUGCUUUAUGCAGGUGGCUGGAUAGAUAUGGGAAGAUAAUUUUCAUCACUGAUCCAAAUGUUUAUUGAAUCCCUGCUUUGUACCAGGCCCCUUGCUGUGAACUGGAGGUACAGCUGUGGGCUUGUCUGACCAGUCCCUGGCCAUGUGGAACAUGGAACAUAAUGAACAUGAAUAAGUAAACAGGUCCGUAAGGUGAUUUCAGAGUGUAGUAAAACAGCGUAGCAAACUAUAACAGUAAUAUGAUAAAGAGCAAUAGUGAGAGAAUAUAGAGACCCCUCUCUGACUGUGUUGGCCUGCAUCUCUGUGAGUUAGUAUUUCUGUUUGUGGGUGUAUAUGUAUGUGUGUCUGUGUGUGUGUGUGUGUGUGUGUGUGUGUAUUUCUCUGUCUGUGUUUGUUGCUUUCAGUCUCCGUUCCUCUGUGUGUCUGUUGCUGGGUGUGUGGGCAGUGUGGGGGACUGCUGUGUGUGAGAGGGAGAUUGCAUCCCUGAUUGGGAGUGUGGAAACUGCUGUCUAAGAGAGAAGGAGAGAGAUCAAUAUCAACUCUUAGAGAGUGGAAAACCCAUUCUCCAUAUGAGAGAGCGACCUUCAUGUGUGAGAAAGAUCUAAACAUCUCUAUGAGAAAGAGACACUGAGGCCCUUUGCUUUUGGUGAGAGUUUCAAAGGACAUUAGUCCCUGUUCUCAGGAACUAGGAUGUCUCUAACUGGGAUGCCUUCUCUCAGGUGGAGAUUGAGAUCCCUGUGCACUCUGAUGGUUCGCUCUACUUUUCUGAGGUGUCCCUAGUUUUCUCUCAAAUUGUUUUUCUAAAUGUGUGGCCCCAUUUUUUAGUUAUGAAAUAGGACAGAUAUCAGAGGUCUUUGAGGGCCUGCAUCACGACUGACCAAGGGGGUCGAUGAGGAUUGACAAUACUCCACUAGGGAGCACAUAAAUACUCAGAGAGGCUUCCUCAGUCUACCCAUCCCAUCCCCUCCCACGUGGUCCCUGCUGUAGCCUUUUAGCAACCCAGUUAUCCAGUCCCUUCCUUCUCGCUCUUCCUACUGGGUGGGCUCCCCUACCCCUGGUUUCUUUUCUCGUCUCAAAUACUCCAAAAAAGAAUAUAUAUAGCCACCCUGGGAAAGGAGUAUCUACUAAGGGACCCUGGGGAAUGGGUUGGGUUGGUGUGGACUUUCCCGGUCUUUGCACACAUGGUGGCUGACAGAAAGUCAGGGAAGGGAAAACGCUCACAUGGAGCCCACCAGGCUGGGCAUGAAGGAUAAUAUCCUGAGAUAGCUCCAAGCCAGGGGACAGGGGCAGGAGAUUGGGCAAAUACAUAUUAAUCAAAAUUAGAGGUCUGCAAAACUGCUGGGAACCAGAUUUCUCUCGAGUAUGGAAUGAGUCGGUCAACACUGAGGUCAAAUGGAAGGGGAGACUUGAGUAUUUGUUAUAGUCAAAUCCCCUGAAUUGCCCAGUAUGGCUGGAGCCUUGAGUUGUCCAGAAGCUUCUUGACUGACAAGGUCAGGAAUUGGGACUUAUUUUCAGAUAGAAGUCGGGUUUCAGCUUUCAGCUGUUCUCAGCCCUCUGUCAGGCUCCCCUAAAGACUAUCUUUGUUCACUGAUACUUGCACAAGGUAGAUGUGUGCAAGGAGGGAACUUACCUCUGGGGAAUUGUGAUCUCUUACACAAAGAAAUGGAGACUUAUGAGUCGACAGUGACUUCUGAAAAGUCACUGCCUUCCGAAGAUUUUCUCUUCCUCUUUUCCAUCCAAAGGAGGGACACGGAAACCAGGGAAGAGUAGAGGGAGGUGGGGACUAGGUAGUGAAUCAGCACAGUCAAGACACUGUUCCUCUACCUUGACCAGAAAAAGCCUUCUCCUUUGAUAACUUGAAGUGAAGAUUAUGCUUACUCCAUUAAACU